AUGGCCACCUUCUCGCCGCACAUUGGCUCAAUCGGUGACCCAGCUAGCUCCGAUGCAACGUCGCAUAUAAGAAUGCCCAGUGUCGGGACCGGUUCCAAGGACUCUGUGCGCCAUGGUUUCGAGAGACUCAAUAAGCUUCGUACGCGCAAUAAGCUUCUGGUACUACAUACUGACGGAGAAGCAUUCCAUCGCCAGGAAUACGCUCUGACGCGCCCAUUCAACUACCGUUGGCCGUAUGCGACAUGCUUCCUGGUCAUAUUCGGGCUGGGGUCGAUCUUAGGCUUCGCAAUCAUCAACCACAUUCUCUUAGGCUACGACGUCGUCGCAAUCUCCUCCCGCGACUUCAACGUCUCCCAGAACCUGCCCUGGCCUGCAAGCUUCCACGCGCGCGACUACAGCUGCCAGCCUGCGCACUUCCAGCUCGGGAACGCCUUCCGGACCAACAACUCGGCGUUCACGUACUCGAUCUUCAACGUUUACUCCGGCACGUCCUUGGACACCCAAGGCAGUUUCGUCUAUUCGAACAACCUGCUCUCUAACUGCGAUGUGUCGGAGAUCCAGACGAACACGCUCCCCGCCGAGCGUAGCAUCACGAUCACUGGCUCGAUCCGUUGUCCAGAGCAGGGAUUCCAGGCCUCAACCUCAUACACGUACACGAACCACGAUAUCAUCGGGAACUCCGUCCAGACCUCGUUCUCGAACAACUCCAUGACGCGAGCCAUCGCUUCGGCCAUGGCAGAUGCUGGCGACGACGCGUACCUUGCGAUCUACAAGUCGGCGUAUACCUUCAGGCAGGGCAACAAGGUGUACCGCUACACCAGACAGUACGCCACGAACUGCGACGCGUCCGUGUCAGACGCGAAGACGACCGAGUUCGCGGCGUGCGACCAGCAACCCGCGGACCUCACCAUGACCUGGGACAACGUGAUCGGACUGACGGAUCUCGAGAUCUAUCCCUCCUCGCUGCUGGACAACUACACCUGGAUCAGGUCCACGCUCGACAACCUCGCGCAGACGUUCUACGCCGGCGUUCGUCUCGACCUCGGGCACUGGACGCCGAACAAUAUCUUCACCAACUUCACGUCGUUGAAUACGACCGGGCGGAUACUCGGUCGUCCGUUGUCCGACCAGGAAUCGGAGGAUUCCUCAGUCGUGCUAAACGGGUCGUCGCAGCGGAUAGCGUCCGCAGCCUCUUCAGUGCAAGUCGCAGGAGCGUAG